AUGGCGGCGCCCAGGCGCGGCGUGGCUGAAGGGAAGAUGAAGCGGCCGGUGGCCGCCCGCGCUCGCCGCGGCGGGAAGCUGGACAGACUGCGGCAGGCGCCCGCCGCCGCGAUCGCCUCGGCGCGGAAGCGGGCCCUGCUGGAGGCCAACGAGGAGGAGGAGAAGGAGAUCCGGCGCCUGGAGCGGCGGCUGGGGCUCGGCAAGCGCCGCAAGAAGCAGGAGGGGGCCGCGGCGGAGAAGCUGCCUCAGAGCUUCCUGCGAGACGGGCUGGGCUACGUGCUGGGCGCCCUGGGCUGCCGGGCCGGCCUCAGCAGGCUGUGCGAGAGCAGCGACGAGGAGGAGGCCCCGGCGGGGCCGCGGGACGGACGGCCGGCGCCGGAGGAGGACGAGGAGGGGCCGGAGGAGGACGAGGAGGGGCCGGAGGACGCCUCAGACCCCUCCGAGGAGGGCGAUGUGGACGGAGAGUGGGAGAGCGAGAGCUCGUCCUCGUCCCCCGAGGACGGCGGGGCGCCUGAGGCCAGCGAGCCCCCGGGCGAGGAGGAGGAGGAGGAGAGUCUUAAUCACAGUGCUGUGAAGUAUGUUCCCCCUCAAGUAAGGAAAGCUCAGGAGGCACUAAAUGACAAGAAGAGAGAAGAAUUGGGAAGACUGAAGAAAAUGGUGAAUGGUCUUAUUAAUAGGUUGAGUGAACUGAAUUUGUCCUCAAUUAGUGGACAGAUGGAAGAGCUUUACAUGGCCAACAGCAGAAAGGACAUGAAUGAAACUCUGACAGAUAUUCUCAUGAAUGCUUGUGUUACUGCAGUUGCCAUGCCUGCAAGAUUGAUGAUGGAGCAUGUCCUUUUGGUCAGCAUUCUUCAUCAUAAUGUAGGAAUUGAGGUUGGUGCUCACUUUUUGGAAGCUGUGGUGAAGAAAUUUGAUGAACACUCUAAGAGUGAUGCUGAAGGGAAAGAAUGUGAAAAUCUGCUUGCCUUGAUUGCUCAUCUGUAUAACUUCCAUGUGGUUCAUUCCCUGCUGAUCUUUGAUAUUCUGAAAAAACUUGUUAGCACUUUCACUGAAAAAGAGAUUGAGUUGAUUUUGUUUCUUCUGAAAAACGUGGGAUUUUCCUUAAGAAAAGAUGAUGCAUUGGCUUUGAAGGAACUGAUCACUGAAGCCCAGAGGAAAGCAAACACAGCAGACAAGAAACUCCAGGAUCAGACUAGGGUUCGUUUUAUGCUAGAGACUAUGUUGGCACUAAGGAAUAAUGACAUGCGUAAGAUUCCUGGUUAUGAUCCUGAACCAGUUGAAAAACUCCGCAAAUUGCAAAGAACGCUGGUUCGCAGCAGCGGUUCUGGAAAAGACACUCAGCUCCGUGUCUCCCUGGAAUCUCUCCUCAGUGCUGAUCAGGUUGGUCGCUGGUGGAUCGUAGGGUCAUCCUGGAGUGGAGCACCAAUGAUCAAUGAUACAAACAGCAAGACUCAGCAAAAACUGCAUAUAGGAAAGGUGAGUUCAAAGAUAAUGGAGCUUGCUCGUAAGCAGAGAAUGAACACUGAUAUCAGGAGAAGUAUUUUUUGUGUCUUGAUGACAAGUGAAGACUUCCUGGAUGCCUUUGAAAAGCUUCUCAAGCUCGGACUGAAAGAUCAGCAGGAGAGAGAAAUUGUUCAUGUUAUCCUUUACUGCUGUUUACAGGAGAAGACGUAUAACCCCUUCUAUGCAUUUUUGGCUAACAAGUUUUGCAAAUGUGAAAGACGAUUUCAGGUGACAUUUCAAUUUAGUAUUUGGGACAAAAUCAGAGACUUAGAAAACCUGUCAGCCACUGCCAUCUCCAACUUGGUUUCACUGUUGGCUCACUUGUUAAGGACAAAAUCAUUGCCACUUUCAGUUCUCAAGGUGAUUGAAUUCAGCGAACUAGAUAAAACCAAGGUCCGUUUCUUGCGACAAGUGUUAAGCAUGCUGUUAAUCAAAACAGAUGCUGAAGAACUUAGUGACAUUUUUGUGAGGCUGUCUGACAACCCCAAACUGGGAAUGCUACGGGAAGGCUUGAAACUCUUCCUUACCCACUUCUUACUGAAAAAUGCACAAGCCCAAAAAAAUGCUGAAGAAGCUAGCUUAUUAAAAGAAAGAGUUGAACUAGCAACCAAGGCUUUGCAAGCAAAAGAAUCCAAAUUGAAGCUAUAGUUCUGUUUUUCUAAUAAAACAUAUAGAAAAACAGUCUGUGUGAAGAUGCAAAGCUUUUUUAGUCUUUCAGACCCAAAUAAUUGAGAACAAGGAGAGCCAUGUUACUCUAAAGGAUCCAUUUUUUGAUGUAAAGAGUUACUUUGCUCUACACACUAGUUACAGGUUUAAUUGAAGCUGAUACCAGGCCUUUUUGAGGAAAGAGAAAAUGUAUUUUUUGUCAUGUCCCUUUUUAGUAGGAGUGCUUCAUGUUGGUGGUUAGUAUCUGGAGAAAAGGAUGAAUUUCUCUUCUGUGAUACUCCCAGUCAGCAGUAGCAUUCUGCAUUGCAUAUUCUAACCUUCCAUUUAAAAUAAUAGCAUAAUACUGACCACCGUAUGUUAAAGAAGCAGCCUUAACCAAAGGCUUUUAGUAACUAAUCGUUGUUCUUGCCUGAAGGAACAGGCCACUAGAUGGCGUAAGUACUGGUGAGUCAGUUUUGGAAGAAACCAACUUUUUUCUUAAAGUGUUGGAAGUUAUCUGCUAAUUCUGUGAAUUGUUUACCUGACUGUGGGUCAGGAAAAGAUCUUCAGUUGGAUUUGAAGCUGUAGUAAAACGACCUGAAGAUCUGACUUUGCCCAAUUAUAUUGGGUUUAGAGAUCAUAGCAUAGUUUUAUUGCUCUUCUAACCUGUUUUUUGCAGCUUUAAAAUUGGAGUUGCCUAAUCACUUGUGUUAAUCA